AUGCUCGGGCCAGCCGAGAGCGGACUGUUGCGCCUAGUCGAUGAACUCCUCCUCAACAUCAUCGAUCACGUCGAAGGCCAAGAUGCGCUUUGCAGUCUCGCUGCGACGUGCACGCGGUUUCAAGGCCUCGUUGAACCCUACAUCUGGCGCAAACUGGUAGUCUUGACAGGAGGACACGCGCAAAGGAUUGCCACGGCACUGGACAGCCGGGAUAAUCGGACGGAUUAUAUCCACGAUCUGGCUAUUCGCUACAAGGAUGAAUGUCGCGAGGGGAUCGAGGACCUGAACCACUACCUGAGUUUGAUGGGUAGGCUGCGUCAUCUGCAUGUCGAGAGCCCUUGCCCGAACAACUUGGAAUGGCAAAACGGCAUCUACUUCGACGGAUACUCAAGAAUCGAUUACAACAACUUGCUUGCAGCAGCAGUGUAUCCACGCGCAGGCAUACCAAUGACGUUGCCGAUGCUGCAGUCGUUAACGCUCCACGCGCAUGGCUCGGGAGACAACAAGUUCAAGUUAGGUCGCGCUGUUGCGAUGUUCAAACAUCCAACUCUACGACAUAUCACGUUGUCGUGUUUGAACUUUGACGGAGAUCUCCAAAUCUCCGAAUCAGAGAAGAAGACAACAUCCCUUCAGUCUCUGACGCUUAUCGAAUGCAACGUCAGUAUUCCGUUCUUAGACAAUGUCCUGAGCCUACCCAAAGCUCUUAAGGACUUGUCAAUCGGAGAGCGACUGCACGUCUUCCAGGAAUGCCAACCAUCCAUGGAUCCUGAACAACGCACAUCCUCAUCUCGAUUCCUAGUCGCACUACAGAAACAAGCACAUUCAUUACAGCGCUUGACACAUUGCGGUGGUCACGUUGGCUAUCUGACCCAGCGCGAUACCGACCCCGAAGGCGCAGAAAAGCUCCGCUCUCUCGUCGAGCUAGAGUACCUCGAGCUAGGUUUUGAGUCACACCUCUACUACUACCUACGACAAAGCGGCUUCCCGCCAUCCCUCAAGUCUCUAAAGAUGCUCGACUCCGCCAUCUCCAUCAACUCAGGCCACGACCUCCGCUCGCUAUCCGACAUCGCCUUCCGCUCCCUCACCUCACUCGUAGACGUCUGCCUCCCAAGAACACUCGCAGACGACUUCAUACUGCACCUCAAAUUCUCCGACCACUCCUUCUUCCGUCUCUUCGAGAUCGUCGACGCAACAGAACAAGCUCACCUCCUCAGCGCCCUCUUCUUCGACCGCGCGGCUACCUACAAGAUCGCCACCAUGCUCAAAUCGUACAGCACAAACGCCCACUUCAUUGUUUCACGAGAAAUGUUUCCAUCAGGCAAAUCCUUCAUUCCACCGUAUAUGGAAGGCGAGGAGCUGCCUGUCGAGGAGUUGAUGUAUACCAGCGACGACUUUUGGCGCUUCAACGGCAUCAACUACCGCAUUAUGGAUGAUGAGAAUUGGAGGGAUGAGCUUAAGAAGGGGAAGAAGCUGGUUGUUUGUAAGAGGUGUCGAAGCAGAGGGCUGGGUGUGGAUGAGUGUCGCAGUCUGGGUGAUGGGUCUGCUUGCAUUCCUUGUAAGGGCACCGGGCUGGGAGUGUGCGAGUGGGAGCGAGAUGAGAGUGGGGAGUUGGUUAGUGCUGGAGAUGCUAAGGCGGAGUAA